CGUCCGUUUCUUAUUAUGGAUUGCACGAGAAUUCCCAUGAAAGCACCCCCAUUACCUAUAGAUCCCGUUCCUAUCAAUUUCGUCUUCAUGUUUCCAUUAAUUCAUCCCUCCAGAUUCGAUCGAGCUACUGCUAGAUUUUCUGGUAUUUUUUAAUCCUAUCAGACAGUGUACAUCAAUCUCAGGCAAGGGAGGAGAUUGGGUUUGACGCCUUCGUUUCCGUUGCGAGAACGGCGGAAUCGAAGACGGGCUGUUAAGAGGAGUUGCGUUGUGUUUUGUAUUUGGGUCAAUGUUUAGAUGUUGCACUUCGAUUCCUGAAGACUGGGCUGAUCCUGAUGCGCUUUACCCGAUUAAGCCGGAUUGCCGUGAGGAUGUUCCUGUUUCUCAUUUCAAGCCGACGCCUGGGAAAACACUUAGUGAAAGAAGAUGGCAGUCAUCCUUUUCUGAGGAAGGUUAUUUGGAUAUAGCUAGAGUUCUUAGACGAAUACAAAGAGGGGGUGUUCAUUCAAACAUAAAAGGAGAAGUCUGGGAGUUUUUGCUUGGGUGUUACGAUCCUAAAAGUACUUUCAAUGAGCGAACUCAAUUAAGAGAAAAACGAAGGUUAGAAUAUGAGAAGGUCAAGUCAAAAUGCCAGGAAAUGGAAAAGAGAGUUGGCAGUGGAAGAAUAGUUGUGGCACCUAUCAUUACCGAAGAUGGCCAGCCUAUCGUCAAUCCUUCAAGUAAUGGUGCUAAUUCAGGCGAGGAAGUAAAAUCAAAUGAAGUAGAUUCAUCAAUACCAGAAAAUAGAAAUGAUAGUAUAAAUCUGGACAAAGAGGUCAUUCAAUGGAAACUUACCUUACAUCAGAUUGGUUUGGAUGUUGUUCGUACAGACCGCUCACUUCUUUACUAUGAGAGCUCAGAGAAUCAAGCAAGGCUAUGGGAUGUUCUUGCAGUCUAUUCAUGGAUAGAUAGGGACAUUGGUUACUGCCAAGGAAUGAGUGAUCUUUGUUCGCCUAUAAUACUUUUAAUUGAAAACGAGGCAGAUGCUUUUUGGUGCUUUGAACGUCUAAUGCGUAGAGUGAGAGGAAAUUUCAAAUGCACAUCUAAUACUAUUGGAGUUUGGGCUCAGUUGACAUUACUUUCUUCUGUUAUAAAAAUUCUUGAUCCGAAGCUCCAUGAACACAUAGUGAAUCUAGAUGGAGGGGAAUAUUUAUUUGCCUUUAGAAUGCUGAUGGUCCUUUUCCGCAGGGAGUUCUCAUUUGUUGAUGCAUUGUACCUUUGGGAGCUCAUCUGGUCUAUGGAGUACAAUCCCCAUCUUUUCACCAUCUACGAAGCCAAUGCUUCUCCUAAUAGAAACCAAGACAAAUCGCAAAAUGAAGACUUGAUGAAAUAUGGAAAGUUUGAGAGGAAGUGUCUCAAGUCAGGUCAGAAAGAUCAACAGGCCAAUAUGUCCAUAUUUCUAGUAGCUAGCAUUCUUAAGGCCAAGAACAAACGGUUACUGCUGGAGGCAAAGGGUCUAGAUGAUCUAGUGAAGAUGUUGAAUGGCAUAACUGGUGAAUUGGAUGCAAAGAAAGCAUGCAAUGAAGCAUUGAAACUUCACGUGAAGUACUUGAACAAGACAAAGACUACUUAGAAAGCCAAAGACCAGCAAAUACUGUCUCAAACAAGUUAUUUUGCAACACACAAAGAAAAACACCUACAAAGGAUUCCAUCUUUGCUCGAGUUUUCUUGUUCGAGUUUUGUUGUUUGCUUGUUUUUUUUUUUUUAAUUCUUUCCGUUUGGCAUGUCAUCCAAUGCCAAUGGAGCGAGAGAUUUGAUUGUAUUUGUAUGGGCCAUUGCUUGUUGAAUCACAUAAGUCACUUGUGCUGUCUAUUAUUUGAGAAAAUUGAGUCCUAUGAAUCUCAUGAUGCUUGUUCCCAUUA